AUGGCGGCGGUUUUGCCGCGAGAAGUACAAACUGAAAGGCCUGAAAGCAUUAUCGAAUGCAUCGCGAUCUUCUAUCAAAAGGGAAAGACCAAACUUGAUUAUGUUCGAAAAGAGAGGUAUCGGGCCAGAAUUCCAACGGGAAUUAAAAGUUUAACGAAGCUGAAAAGCAUUGUCAGGUACGUGAAUUUCAAUUUGUUGAUUUAAAUAAAAUUUGAAUAUAUAAAAUAUGCAUGCUUUCUAGGCCUUUCUGUGGCUUGUGUGUCCUGUCCGAAGGGUUUGGGCUUAAAUAGCCUUAAAUAGGCUUAAAUAUGACUAAAAUAACAGUAAUUAUUUUUUUUAUUAGGGUGAAUUUUUUAUAUUUUCUUAUUCUGGCUUGUCAUUGUCAACCACAAUGAUUUGUUUGCUCUAAUCUUGGGAAGUGAUAAAUAGAACAAUUUACAUGACGAUUAUAAACAUUUCUUUGGUGCAUUUUUAGUACAAAUAAGUUAAAAUGAGCAAGUAUAACAAUAGGAUGGUUGAAAUAUAUGAUGGAUUGAAAACAAAAACAUCUAUUACUCCACCAUUAAAAUUGCUGCCAAGCAGAGCAGGUUUGGGCGUGCAAUGCAUUGUGGGGCCCUUGUGGUUGACAAUGACUCUUUAAUAAACACAUGUAGACUAUGUAUAUAGGUUGUUCAAGAUGGUUGCCAAGGCAUGGCCCAUACGGCCAGGGACCAGUGUGUUUUGUGGCCUAUUGAAUCAUAUUUUAUUUUAUGUACAUUAACUACAUCCAUGUGUCGGCUGCCAGUUUGCCCUAUCAUGACCUAUACUGUGAAAUAAACAGACAGGUCGACACUGGCCAAUUUUGUGUUGGUAUAUAUUUAUUCUUUUAUCUCCCUAUAAUUACAUUUAUUUUUGUGUUUAAUUUUGAGAAAAUCAGUACAUGCCAUUACAAAUUACAGCCAUUCCUAGACACUUUCAUGAUAUAGAUUUCAGCAAAGCUUAUGUGAAUCGAUUUGUAUAUCUUUCUUGCAGUUCCCAGGGAGGAAUACAAGUUAUUUGCCAAGAUAUCGGCUUUGGUAGUAACUUUGAAAUGCGGCUAAGCAGAGAACACAAAGGAGGCAAUGGAACAGUUCUGUAUGCAAUUAAUACAGAUUUUCAUGUAACUUUAGAAUUGCCAGCAAUUCUGAAUGGGAAUGACAAAUUACAAAGUAAGUUCUGGUACAGGCUGGUACAGUUACUAUAGGGCCACUAUAGUUACGUUUGAGAAAGGUGGAGGUUUGUAGAGGUGGAGGUUUGGCCCAAUGUACACAAUCAUUGGGAACAAUGUAUCUCUGCCUGGGAACUAUACAAUGUUCUAAAAAUAUAUUUGAAAGUUUAUUUUGCAAACCAAUUCUACAAGUUUUAUAAAAAAUUUAUUCUAAAUAAAGUAACAAAAAAUAAACGAAUUGCCAAAGUUUUGUUUAUCUUCCCAGAUGUUAAUUCUCCUUGACACUGCAGCUUUGUGUUUAACGUCUCUGCCUACUCUGGUACCUUCGAUGCGUUGAAAACAUAAAGCCUCUUAAAACUAUGUGCAGUAAAGCAUUCAAAAUUUCAAUAUAAUUUUUCAUUUCCUCAAUUGUAGUUUCCUUGAAAUUUCUACUUUGUUUGGAAAAAUUUGAAUAUUACAAUAUAACGGUAGGCCUACUUUUUCAUUUUUACAGUUACAGUAUAUCCUGUGAUUACAUCAUUUUCCAAGAACGUUCCCAUUAUAAACAUAGAAGUUGUUGGCUCUUCAUCUUCACGUCCAGAAACCUCAAAAAUAGUUCCAGAGGUAGCAAUAAUUGAUGACGAGGACGCAUUUAAGAAAGGUAUUUAAUGUUGCUUAGAUUUCUUAUAUUGAUAUAUUUUGGCUGUUGAAAUCUGACAAUUAAUCUAACUAUGUAAAAGCAGCCACUAUCGUUUUAUUCACCCAAGUAUAUAUUCCAUUUGAACCAUAGAACUACUUGAGAAAUUUCAAGGAAGCACACUUCAAGAUUCAUCCAAACAGCGUAUUAUAAAAAGUAGACAAAAACCUAUUGUGUGGCCUUGGAAUAUUCACUGUGGAAUAUGUAAAAAGAAAUGUAUGGUACGCGUUGAUGCGAAAACAAACGGGAGAAUACAAUAUUUCAAAAAACGUAAGUAUUUGUAAUAUUUUACCACUGCACCUGUUAGAAUAUUUUUUUGUAUUUGUUUAACUGAGUGUUUAUGACUUUUAGGUCACUUUGAUCACUGUGAAAAAAAGGCAACAGAGAGGCAAAAAGCAAAAAGUCAACUGACCAUCAAAGAAGCGUUUGCCAGGAAACCAAGGCCUUCAAGCAAUGACAGCCUUGGGGAAGAAAUGAGCCCAACCGCGGCAAAAAGGCCUAUGUUGGAGUACGACUCAGACAUUGAACUCUCCGAGGGCGAGGAGGAAAAGUAAUAUAUCUAAAAUAAUAACUUUUCUUUUUUAUUUGAUAGGCUGUGUUUGCAAAACCCUAAUCUUUAACUGCAUUGAAAUCAACAAUUACUGUAAACUUAAUAAUAUAUAAACAUAAUAACUGCAAGUUGUACUAUAAUUUUCGUAAAUGCAGGUAAACCAACUUCAGCACGCUAUUAUGCGAGAAAUACUGAGUGUAUAGACGUACUUUUUUAUUGCUGUAGAAAUUGGGAUCUUAUCUAUCAAAUGACGCAUUUCUUGUAUCAUUUUGAGCAGAAACGAAAUGACAUAUUUACAACGUUGGGAAUUAUUUACACCUGAAGUUAGAAAUCGUUUAUAGAUAAUCAACACCAUGAUAUGAACAACUAAUCUAUGAAUAAAUUUACGAAAUCUAAUUAACAAACAAGACACUGGUUAAUUGCAUUUUCUUUAGUUCGACCUUUCCGCCAUAUGAAUUCCCAACGGUGGAAAUAUGCGAUUUUGACCGGCAAUUUUUAUUAAGGCCUACAUUUGAUAGCUAGAAGCCUAUUAUUUAGGCUAUUUACAGUGAUUAAAAACCACGCCAAGAUAACCAGUAUUUUUCACCCAAUAGCGUCAGUGCUAAGUUGGCAAAAUCAUAAAUUUUUACCGACCAAGUUAGUCGCUCAGCCUACUUUUUACAAUCGCUUUCUUUUGAAGUUCCUUUGUGUUUGAAAAGGCGAAAACACACAUUUGAGGCAUAUGAUUCAUGUUUCCUUUGAAUUGAAAAGAUUUCCACCAAAAGAUGAGAUUUGUUCAUAAGUAAACCGUAUGUACUUUACUGUAACAAUGGGAUGAUACUGGCCGGCACUGUAUUUAGCCUACUUAAGGGUGUUCCAAUGAUUCACCUUCACUCUUCAGAUUCGAAGAUGAUGACAUUCAAAUGGCCAGUUCUGACGACUUUGAAAGCAAUAGUGAUGUCGAGGUGGAAGCUGAACAGCACACAGACAUUGACUCAGAUGUCGAAAUCCUUGGAAACUCUUCUGAAUUUGAUGGCGAGUGGCGGUUUAUUGGUUUAGCAGUUGAAGAUGCUGAUCCCGUGUGCAAGUGCUUAAAUAGGCUAAUUAAAGCUGGGAAGAUACCAAGGGACAGGAUCUUCUACAAAUAUUUGUCAAAUGUGGUGGAAAUAUUCUACAAUCCCUUGCAUCCAUGGGAUAGUGACGUUCUCGAAUUUUUCAGCUCUCUGUCCUAUCUUGGUGGUCAACGAACUUACAAUAUGGUUAGAGGACCUAUGCAAGCUGGACAGGGCCGUCUAUGUGCCAAUAAGAGCGGAGAGGUGAACAUGAAUCUUGGAGGACCGUCGACUGAGACUCUGCGCAAAAAACAAGCGGCAUACUCUACACAAUCCGGUGUUCACAGACAUUUAAGUGAUUUGAAUUACACGCUUUGCAACAAAGCAGGAUUUGAACAGAAACCUGACACACUUAUUGCUACUAGUUCGUUAGAGGUUUAUCCAGUAGUACUCGCAAAUGAUGGAACAGCUCUUCACCCAGCAAUUCAGUUUGAUGAAAGAAUGAAACAAAAUAUAGGGCUUGAAUUCAGCGUCGAUCUAGAUUAUGUAAAUGACAAUCCAUUUCUGUCAAAAGAAACAUUGCAGAAAUUCCUGGUUCGAGAAGUUCUUGUGACAUCCGUGACAACAAUCGAUAACAAAUGCAGUCUUCCUGUUGCUGUGGAUUAUGUAGGAAAAGCGGGUAAGACAGGCAAAAAUAUGCAGGAGUUAUUCACAAAUCAGGUGAAGCUUUUGCAAAUUUGUCAGAACUGUUUGAAGCGGUGUAGGACGAGUGAUUUGGUCAUCGAUAAGAAUCAGCAUGAACUUUGUGCAAGCGAAUGUCAACGAUGUUAUGAUUCAAGAGCUGUUUGUGAGAGUUGUAUUCCACUUGGACAUAAAAGUUACAUCCCAUCAGUUCGAGCUUGCGAGUAUUGCCUGUCUAAUGGCGUGAAGUGUAUAAGAAGGGUCGUCAUGGUACUGACUGUGGAUUGCGAGGAAGGUAACAAACAGUGUUUACUCCAGCUCAAAGACGCUUUAGAGAAAGGAACCAUUGAUCAUAACCUUCACCUGCUAUCCAUUUUUCCAGAUUGUCCACACGUUUUGAAAACGUGCAAAGCCAGUUUUGCCAAUUGGUAUUUGCAGUUCAACAACGAGAGAGGAUGUCUAAGCAUAUUUUACACAUUAUGCAAUAAAUCAGAGUCAGUUGUCAGAAAGAAAAUGAAGGGCUAUUUGCCCAAGAACGAUUAUGUCAGGAACCGUGAUCGACAAGAUCCGACAGCCGUUUUGAAACUGUGUAACACUGAACUGUGUGACUACGUGGCAGGCCUGGGUUUUGUGACCCACACCAUCGUUCCCGAAAUGGUAAGAUUUACCUCAACAAACCGUAUUAACACACAUAAAAACAUCACCAGUGUUGCAGUCGGACCACAUGGAUGGAUACUUUUCUUGUGCUACGACGACCAGAAAAAGGUAUACAAAUUAUACAAGUCCAAGCUACACAACCCAAUCCAGGAUAUUGAGCUGAUAUGCGCUACUCUCAAAGGGGAUAAAAUUUAUCACAUUGCUAACUUGGUCUAUAACUGUGGAAACGAAAAUCCCAUAUCAUUCUACAAUAUAAAACCGCGUAGUUCUCCGAAUAUUUCCAUAGAGAAACUACGACUAAAGACAGACAUCGAUCCUUUACUCGCAGAACUCAAUCUAGUGGCUGGUCGCACCGUGAAAGAAUCCAAAGCUCGAUUGUUAGCUCAUCAGAAAACACAACGGAGAUUGUAUGAAGAAAAGAAAUGGAACUCGACUGAAAUUAACUUUGUUGAAAAUAAUUCUCUACAGUUUGAUGACAUCUCGAUAGUUGAUCAGCACUUAAUUUACGGUGCAUGCUCGUCCAAACGGAGCCUUGAGCAAAUACACUUAAAACGCGACACUGUUGGUAUUCAAGGGACUGCAGUUACUGUCGUCUCUUAUCACGAGUCUUGGGAGAAAGUGCACUGCCUUUUGUUACACAAAUCUAGUCUGCUUGUUUUUUAUGGCAAAGGCAUUUUCAUGUUCAACCUUGACACACAAGUAUCGUUAACCGUUGUACCAGAGUCAUCAGGAUACAUUCCUCGAUACGGUUAUGUGUACAAAGAUGGCUUUCUCUUCACAAGUAACGAUGAUCACCGUUUGUAUUUUUGGCAAAAUAGCCAAAUAACAACAUUUGCAGGAGAUUCUGAAGGUGGAAGCAGAGAUGGCACAGUCCAGUUUGCCCGUUUUUACAAAAUAUCUAGUAUAUGUGUGGAAUUUGAUCAUGUAGUAUAUUUGUCAGACUACGCCACAGGAUCUAUUCGAAUGUUAACUACGUUAAAGAACACUGCUUCUUUCCUAAAGGCGGUUGGUAAAUUAAGCACUGCAUUUUCCGUACACGAAAAGCAUCAGUCGUACGAUACUAAGACGAUGGACGAAGCCAUUGCACUUGUAACACAAUGCAAUGAUACACUUCAAGAAAACGAAGAAGUCAUAAGACAACAACACGAAAACCUUCCCAAAGCUUUGAACGGCCCAGAGGGAAGUAUUUCUGCCAAAACCAUGAAGUCAAUAUUCUUACUACAAUGGGGACUCGCAAAAUUGAAAUCAAAUCUUGAUGAUUUUGACUAUAAUUCAACCAAUCUACUCAGUUGCAUGACACUAGACAUUGAGCAUUUGCACUCCACGGUAAACUUCAAGCAUGGUGUACAAACAAUGCUUCAAUAUGCAAGGUCAUUUUCCUCAUCCAUCAAAGAAAGUGUCAAAGCUCUUACAAAUUGGAGUGCGUUUUAUUACACUAGCAAUCAAGCACGUUGGUAUCCACCUCCUGAGAGUGGUUUAAAACUAAAUGAAUUACGUUUCCCAAGGCCAGCGGACCCAAGACAACUUGAAGACGACAAGAAAGUGCUGAUGAGAGAAUGGGCCUCGCUGAACGGUGCUGUAGUUCGUCAGAGAAGUGUUCGCCAAGAAACAACAAUGGCGAAAGCUGGAACGCUGCCUGAGGGAAGCUAUGAAGUAGAGCUGGUCCCAAACACUGCCAAUGAUUCAGGUUCAGAAGAAAACAAUGACGAACAAGAGCUGCUGGUCCCAAACACUGCCAAUGAUUCAGAUCCAAAAGAAAAUAAUGAUGAAAUUCUGCAUUAUGAUGACGACGAUGAUGAAUCUGACAUUGAAGACAUGGCUACUGAACUUUCACGGACGAGUUUACAAAAUUUUCAGGACUUUCAAACUACCGAAGUCGGAAGGGAGACGUCAUUUCUUCUUGGUGGGCGUUCGAGAUAUGGAAGAACAGUUCGUUUCAAUAGCAGAUUUGCUUGA